ACAACAAUGGCUAGAAAAAAAUCCAGAAGCAAUUCUGUGAAAAAUCAAGCGAAAAAUGAACAACCCGUAAAUGAGCGAGAGACAGUUGAUGCCAUUCGCACUUAUGACGAUGUUGCGGAUUCUGAAGAUGAGUUUUACAAGGCACAGGACAAAAUUCUCUUUGAUGGCGACUCAAAGAAGAACGCAGAUGAAGACAAAAUGAGUCUUAGUGACGAGGAAGUGCUUGGCUUGGAAGGAUCUAGUGAUGAAGAUGGCGAGGAAGCUGUGGAAGGGGCAACUUCUGAUGAAGAUGAAUUAACAGGCCAAAACAAAGGACCAGUUGAUGAAGAAGAGGUUUUUGAUGAGAAGGGCUGGGGACGUUCCGCCAAAUCUUACUAUGGAGGCGACGAUUAUGACAAUGAGAACUAUGAUGAAGAUGAUGAAGAGUUUGAUGCUCGUAUGGAAGAGCAGGAAGCACUUCGCCUUCAGAGGAAGCGUCUUGAAAAGAUGACUGAGGAAGAUGCUGUUGACGAUAUCAGCCAGUGGGCGGACAAAGCAAAGGUUGAUUCUUCUCAAUACGAAGACAGUUUGGCUACUGUCGAACAACUAGACCAAAAAAUUUCGCCAACAAUGCCUCGGUCAGAACUUCUGAAGAUUCUACGUACCAAGAAUCCAGAGUUUGAGCUUUUCCUAGAAGAAUACAAGGAUUUAAAACCUUCUUACGAAGAAUUGAAAGGAAAACUAGACGCUGCGCCUACUUCUCUUCUUCAAGCUCAAGUGAACGCUUUGGGAGCAUAUAUAGCUUUUCUAGCAUUUUAUUUUGCUCUUUUACGUGGGGGUGAAGAAGAUAUAAAAAAUCAUCCAAUUAUGACUGAUCUCGUGCGCUGUAAGCAAACCUGGGAAUCCUUCCGCGACCUUGAUGAUAUUCAAAUACCCACCCCUGAGUCUCCCGAGGAACAAGCUGCAAAUGAUAAGUUAGUAGAUGGAAUCUCCGAAACACAUGAGGGAGAUCAGAAUUUAUUCGAUGAGGAUGAGUCUGCUGAGGAGUCUGAUCGUGAAGAACCCGAUGAUAAUGAAGAAGCUUCAUCUGGCGCUGAAGAAAACGAGGAUAGGGAAGAUGAUAUCACAUCCAAAUUUCGAGAGGCUAAAGCCAAGGGCGUUCCUAAAUCUGUUCACAAUGUUGGUGAUUAUGGUGAAGGUCUUAUGUUGGACUCAAUGGAUGCUGAAGAGAAAGCUACAAAACGACGCUCACUUAGGUUUUACGCAAAUCAGAUUGACCAGAAGGCAGCCAAGCGAUCUAGAGCUCAAACAGACCUUUCUGGUGAUGUCGACAUUCCUUAUAAGGAACGUCUUUAUGAACGUCGCCAACGUUUGUUGCGAGAAGCUGCUGCUCGUGGACAAGACAAGGCUCAAGGUGCUGACUUGGACGAAGAAGAACCCGAGAAUGAAGGUUUGCUUUCAAAUAAGGAUCGAGAAAAUGAUACUACUGAUCAAGAUGCUUUAGACUAUUAUAACUCGAUAUCUUCUCAGUCUAAGGGUGAAAAACGCAAGAGAAAAGAAGAUCACGACUACGAACGCGAUUUGGUACGAGCCUCUAGAAAUCCUGAAUUAUUUGAACUUGGUGAGGGAGAUAAACGUGGAAUUACCAGAGACAUUGCUACGAAUAGAGGUCUCACCCCCCGUAGGCCGAAAGAGAAUAGAAAUCCUCGUCUUAAGAAACGUAUGCGUUACGAGAAGGCGAAGAAGAAACUUGGUAGCAAAAAGGCCAUUUACAAAGGUCCUCCCAAGCAUAACUAUGGUGGUGAAGAAACUGGUAUCAAGGCAGGCCUUGUUAAAAGUAUUAAAUUCCAAUAGGUUUGAUUUGAUUUUUGGAAUAAUUCAAAAUUUGGUUUAGGUUGGUUUUUUGGGACAUUCUGAGUUAUACUACUUAAUUAAUUAAAAUAUUCUUUAAAUUGGAAGGUGUAACUUUUGGUACAUGUUGCAUGUCUGGGUAAUUAAUAAUAAUCUUUUGCACCCAACAAAUAAGAUGUAAAUCAUUAAGCUG